AUGGGCGCGCAGCCUUCUCUCUUCGACGUGCAUGCUCCCGCCUUGGAUCCUCGGGACGUGACGCAGGUCUUUGAGCUGCUGGACAAGGAUGGCUCCGGUCGCCUAGCGGGAAGCGAGGUGACCAAGAUGUUUGCUGCAAUGUGUGGACGCCCGGUCAAGGUGCACGGCGCCAAGUCCUCAUAUUCACUCAAUGAGUUCAUUGAAGCCGUCGAAGACAUGGGGAGGCGCCAGCCAUUUCUCAAUAUCACGGGGAACCUGGUCAAGUACGUGCGCGAGAAUAAGGAGAAGAUGAAGCCCGUUGACGCCUUCUCUGACGAGAGGAUUGAGGCCGUCUCGACCUUCUUGGACAAGGACAAAUCUGGCGCAAUCGAGCCUGAUGAACUCCUUCGAUUCUUGCAAUACCUGCACAUUCCCCUCUUCACCAUCUUUGGCGUUGUCAAUUCCAGUGGUGUCAUCAAGUCCAACGCCCAGCUGCAGCGCUUGCUCCGGAAAUUGGCAAAGCAGUGCCCUCAGCUUGAGAUCGAGCAAAAGAUUAUCAAGAUAUCGGGCGAUAUCCACGCGGGCGACGCGAGCAAGCCACCGCAGUAUCAGGAGGCCACCGCGUCCGCAGAGCCGCCCGAGCCGGCUGCGGGUAGGAGGAAGAAGGCGCUUCUGAUCGGCAUCAACUACACCGGGUCUCGAAUGCCUCUGCGUGGCUGCAUCAACGACGUCAAGUCCCAGUACAACGUGCUGACCACCAAAUUCGGUUACUCGUCCUCUGAAAUCAGGCUGAUGACAGACGACACAAACGACUCGAGCAAGGUGCCCAACAAGAAGAACAUGAUGGCGGCUUUGAAGUGGCUUGUGGAGGGCGUCAAGCCCGGCGACGAGCUAUUUUUUCACUACUCGGGGCACGGCAGCCAGUGCCCUGAUCGGUCAGGGCGGGAGCCCGAUGGGAAGAACGAGUGCCUCUGCCCAACCGACUGCACCAAGGGGUUUCCGGAAUACGUCAUCACCGACGACCAGAUGCAAAAUUUCUUUAGCCAGAUCCCGGAGGGAGCAAAGAUUACCUGUCUCUUCGACUGCUGUCACUCAGCGACCAUGGGUGACUUGUGCGUCAAUCGCGAGUUGGGGCUCGAGGAGGACAUCGUGCCAAGCACCAAGCAGGUGUGGACACUGUCGGGCUGCCAGGACAAUCAGACGAGCGCGGACGCGGUGAUCGGUGGGGUCCCACGCGGCGCGUUCUCGUGGGCGCUCAUGGGCGCGUUGGAGGACAACAACUACAAACUGAAAUACGACGACCUGCUCGCGCAGACGCGGCACAAGCUGCGCCGGCGGAUGGGGGAGGGAAGUGGCGACGACUCACACCUCUUCAGGAGCGCCUAUCUUGAGACGUCGUGGUGCGGCAGCAGCUGGACGGCCCUGCAACUCGGCGGCCGUUACUUUUGCAUCGACAUGAGACCUUGA